AUGUCCCUCUUGGAGCUUAUGCGCGCCGAGCUGAAGGCUAGCAUGGCCUUGAACAAGCCACACGAUGAUCCUGACAAGUGGUUUGAAGCCUUUGACACUUGGUUUUACGCAAAGCGCGACAAAGAACAUGCGCAGAACAAGCCGCGCGCGCCGCCUAGGAUGCGCGCCGAGGACAUGAUGGACAUGAAGCCCGAAAAUACGAAGCAGCAGAAAGGGCGCGCUGAGCGCAAGAUGGAGAGGAAGGAGGAAGUCAAGGCGCUUGAGGCGGAGAUAAAGGCACGAACGGGCAUCGAAGACCUGGACUACGGUCCGCUGUCACAGGCCUCCGCUGGCGUGGACAACAGCAAGGCGUACGAGAUGAAGAGGAGGUUGGCGAUGAAGGAGGAGAGGAAUGCUGUGGGAGAAUAA